GGUGGAGCCACCCCAUCAAGCCCUGGGAGGUGACUUUUUGUGACUUUUGGGAGAGCUGCCAAAAGUGAAACUUAGCGCCCCAGACAAGCAGGGGCAAGUCGGCCAAGGAAGCUGUGGCCAGAAGCACAGAUCAGGGGAGUCUCAGUCUGUCACCCAGGCUGGAGCGCAAUCUCGGCUCACUACAAGCUACACCUCCCGGGUUCACGCCAUUCUCCUGCCUGGCCAGGCAAAAUGGCUCAUGCCUGUAAUCCCAACACUUUGGAAAGCUGAAAGGGGAGGAUCAUCACUAAAGAAACACGAUGGCUCUCCUAACAGCCAAAACAUUCAGCUUACAGUUUAACAACAAGCGCCGCAUCAAAAGGCCUUACUACCCGAGGAAGGCCCUCUUGUGUUACCAGCUGACGCCGCAGAAUGGCUCCACGCCUACCAGAGGCUACUUUAAAAACAAGAAAAAGUGCCAUGCAGAAAUUCGCUUUAUUAACGAGAUCAAAUCCAUGGGACUGGACGAAACGCAGUGCUACCAAGUCACCUGUUACCUCACGUGGAGCCCCUGCCCCUCCUGUGUCCGGGAGCUGGUUGCCUUCAUCAAGGCUCACGACCAUCUGAACCUGCGCAUCUUCGCCUCCCGCCUGUACUGCCACUGGUGCAGGCGCCAGCAGGAGGGGCUGCGGCUUCUGUGUGGAUCCCAGGUCCCGGUGGAGGUCAUGGGCUCCCGAGGUAGGAAAGAGGCUUUGCAGUUCCAAGAGUGCAAAUCCCCUGGGGCACAGGCUUGGCGGGGGCCGGGGGGGGGUGUGGUUUGGAGGAGGUUGGCGGGGGGCGGGGGGAGCGGGGGGAUCUGGUGGGAGGCCAGGAAGGAAGGACUGUGGCUCAGUCAAGGCCCAAGAUCCGACACCACCUGGGAGGGAGAAUUCCCCGGACAGAGCAAUGUCCAGGGAGAGGAAGAGAAGAGAAGGGAGAGGAAGCAAGAGCUCCUGGCACUGCAGCUGCUGCCCCUGGGGCCUGGCUGGUUUCCCUCUUCCCUCUCAGAGUUUGCUGACUGCUGGGAAAACUUUGUGGACCACAAGGAACCGCUUUCCUUCAACCCCUCUGAGAUGUUAGAGGAGCUAGAUAAAAACAGUCGAGCCAUAAAGCGACGGCUUGAGAGGAUAAAGCAGUCCUGGAGUGUGGAUGUUUUAGAGAAUGGCUUAAGAAGUUUGCAGCUUGGACCCGUAUCCUCCUCAUUGUCAAGAAGCAACUCAAGAUGACUUUCCCUGGGGCAUGUCAGUUGCCUCAUAGCCUGCUGGUCCUGUGAGCAAGCACCAAGCUCCACAGUGCCGGUUCCUUGCCCCAAACCUGGCCCCAUCCAAGUACAGAAGACCUUUUUUUCCUCCUUUUUCCAUAUUGCUUUCUGUUCUAAGUGGGUGAAUAAUUUUAUAAUUGAAAAAAUAAAGAUAAUUUUAAAGUCUGUAAAUCCAGCCGGGUAUGGUGGCUCAUGCCUGUAAUCCUAGCACUUUGGGAGGCUGAGAUGCUCAGCCAAUAAAUUUCUAUUGUUUAUGAA